GACGCAAGAGACGGCAGAAAAGUUUCCGGAUAAAUACUGAAGCGCUGCGCUCGGCAAUGCCUCAGCCUAGUAUCAGUGGAAUGGAUCCUCCUUUUGGGGAUGCCUUUCAGAACUAUGCGUUCACUGACCAAGUGCUGACCAGCACAGAUCUGCUGGCCAGCAGUUCGGACCCAGACUUCAUGUAUGAACUGGACAGAGAUAUGACUUUCAGACAAAGCCCAAGAACCGAUAUCUUCACGACUGGAGAUUGCAAAGAGGCAGAAGGCAUGGAACACUUGGAGGUCUUGGAAGGGGACCCGACUUGUAACUCAAACUUUGAGCAGUGGGACACGUAUUGGGAGGACCUGACCAAGUACACCAAGCUCACCAGUUGUGAUAUUUGGGGGACGAAGGAAGUGGACUUCCUAGGCCUGGAUGAUUUCUCCAGUCCGUACCAGGACGAGGAGGUAAUCGGUAAAACACCUACGCUGGCGCAGCUCAACAGUGAGGACUCACAACCUGUGUGCGAUACACUGUACCACCCUGAUCUGGUGCUGAGCCAGAAGCAAAACACUGUCUCUGGUCUUACCCAUGCCAAAAAGACAUCUGCCCAGCCAGCUGCCCCCUGCUCCUCCUUGGCCCGAGGCCCUCUACCAGACUUUGCAGAGGGCUCCCAAAAGGCCACGUGGCCCGUCCCUUCCAGCACCGAGACUAUAUCAAAGGCCCAGACACAGCCAUCCAAGGUGAUGUGUCCUCCAUCAGACAAUAAGGACUACGUUCGCAAGGCCAAUGUCCACAUCAGCACGCCGCGCAGACCUGCGGCGGACCUCCCAUCUCAACGGGCUAACAUCACCAUAAAGUCCCCUUUCGAGGAAGGCCCUACUGCAGCUGCUGCUUCCAUCAUCACUGCUCCAGCUGCAGCCUUAGCUACAGCCACGGUUUCAGUCUCCUCUGGCACCCUGGCUGGAGGGAAGGAUUCAGAGAAGACCCAGCUAGUCGUGACACCAGAGAACGGAAUGGCUCAGGCUGCAUCCUACAGAGUGAUCUCCAGGGCUGGAGACUGCCCGGCUCUGCUUUCCUCUGGGACGCUUGCAACGGAUUCCUCACAGGACAAGAAGGAGGAAGAGCACAACUACUCCCUGUUCCUGACCCGGAGUAAGCUGGUAGGAAGUGGGGAGCCUGAGCAAGAAGAGCCGGCGGAGGGAGAGGAAGAAGACGAGGAGCAGGAGGAGGCAGAAGACCUGGAAGCAGAUGACGAGGACCACGACGAGGGCUUUGGCAGUGAGCACGAGCUCUCGGAGAAUGAGGAGGAAGAAGAAGAUGAUGAUGAUGAGGACUAUGAAGGAGACAAGGAUGAUGACAUGAGCGACACAUUCUCCGAACCAGGAUGUGACAACGACGCCGUGGAAGACGUCAAAGGCAUGACGGUGGGAUUCUCACGGAAGAGGGGCAAGCGGCGGUACUUCUGGGAGUACAGCGAGCAGCUGUCGCCCUCGAAGCAGGAGCGCAUGCUGAAGCCCUCCGAGUGGGACCGGGACACACUGCCCAGCAACAUGUACCAGAAGAAUGGCCCACACCAAGGAAAGUACACCGUGAAGAAGUCUCGGCGCACAGACGUGGAGGACCUCACGCCCAACCCCCGGAAGCUUCUGCAGAUCGGAAAUGAGCUCAGGAAGCUCAAUAAGGUGAUCAGCGACCUGACGCCAGUGAGCGAGCUCCCGCUCACGGCCCGGCCGCGCUCACGCAAAGAGAAGAACAAGCUGGCCUCCAGGGCUUGCCGGCUGAAGAAGAAGGCACAGUAUGAAGCCAACAAAGUAAAGUUGUGGGGCCUCAACACAGAAUACGACCGGCUGCUGUUUGUCAUAACUGCCAUUAAGGAUGACAUCGUGAAGCGCGUGCAGAACCUCUCCGAAGACAAAGGAACAAGCAUGGCUGAAAAACUUGACCGACUCAUCAAAGAGACACUCGUGAACUCACCAGUUGCUGGACAGACGUCAGACUUUGUGAACCAGAUCCUGGAGAACACGGGUGGGGGAGAUCCCACAGGGGGCCUCGUGGGACUCCGUGUUCCCACGUCAAAGGUGUAGAAGAACAGAAGAUCACGAUUCCUAGAGGUUUCAAGGAAGUGUACUUUUUCACAGAAGAUUUGGGGAGGGCAGAUUUUUGGAUUUAUUAUGUAUUUUGGGUCUUUAUGAUGUUGUGAAUGUACAUUGGAAUGUUGAAAAUGUAGAUAUAUGCCACAGAGUCUGUGCAUUGUAUCAUAAGAUGGCUCUAUGAAAAAUACUUUGGUUUUCGGUACUUGACUGGGCAAUAGGGGGGUUAUUGUUACUAAAAAAAAACUUAAAAAGAGAAAUUAAUAUAAAAAAGAGAAAUAUUUGCACAUUAUAUUUUGAUUGUUUUUGUACCAAAGAUGAAUGCAACAAAAUGGCAAGUAGCCAGCGUAAGUAAGGUUUUGCACAGCUUACCUAACACCGUAUUGAAUGUAGAAAAAGUGGUAGGGUCAGGGAUAUUCAUCGAACUGUGAAUUUCGCUAGGGUCCAAUUAACAGCAGAAGGACGCAUUCAUUUCCACCUACUGUAGGUUUGCAGUUUCUCUUUUUACCUUCUCAACUAGACGUAUUGCUUAGGAACGUAGUUUGCGUUUGAUUUUUUUUUUUUUUUUUGACCCCUGUGUACAUUGUUGGAGCAUAAAUUCUGCUGUCCUC